AUGGCGGAUGACAUCCCACACAAAGGAGCUCCUUCGGGAAUGGAGAUGGAUCCAGAGUUUGAGCCAUUGCCGCUCAGUAUUCGACCGUUCGACCCGACGACGUAUCAUCCCAAGAUACACGUGCUACCUCCCGAUAGCAUCCAUCAGUUCAGGAGGUUUGCACAAGGCGCUCCUGAGGACCUUUUACUACCCGAGUCGGAGUCACAUUUAUCCCAUGUUGCCUCUAAGGGAAGGCUUACCAGAUUCCCAUUGAGCUUGUACCAAAUUGCCAUUGAGCCUGUACCAGAUGGCCAUGAGCUUGUCAGAGUUCGAGGUCCGACCCCGGCUCUCGAGGUAGCGGCUUCUCUGAUGGGGGAUGGUUCAAACAAGCAUGAACCUACUCAGCAUUUACGGUAUUCUGCCGUACUAGGUGCUCCAGCAGGAGCUGCAGCGAGACCAUCUGUACCUCCUCAGGCAGCAGAGAGAGAGAGACGAGGGGAUCCAGCGCACAGCCGUGGCAGAGCUAGACACACUAACGACGAGAGCGGCCCAUCAAAACCUGUCCCGGAUAAUGAAGAGACAGAUGAGGACGAGGAGCCAACGAGUCCCCAGUCAGAGUCAUCUGAGGGUGAAGGCGACGGCACCGGCUCAGGUUCUGAGGGCGAUGGCGAUACUGAAGAGGGCUCCGAGGAAGGGAGCGGAGGCAACUCUGGUUCAAGCUCCGACUCAGAUUUAGACAGUGGCGCCGAUGGAGACAGUGUCGUAGGGUCCACUCCGCCGAGGAAGAGGACGAAGAGGGCUUCCAGAGCUUGA